AGAUUGUCUAGCCGGCGUUUCUAUGACGGUGAAAGUCUCUCUGGCCUGUCAUCUUGUUGCUCCGGAGUCCCGGAAGCUAGAGUGAGAAGGAAUGGCGGAGAGUCCAGCGGCGGAGGCGAUUAUUCUUCAGGGGGCUGUUGGUGGAGGGAUGGUUUCCCACCUCAGCGGCCUCCAGCCCCCCGGUACCUCGCACCUCGCAACUUCAUCCGUGUGGGAUCCAACAUCCAGUACUGACUGGGACAACGAGAGGGCGUCAGCGCAGUGUGUGCUGCGGAUUAAGCGGGAUAUCAUGUCAAUUUAUAAGGAGCCGCCUCCUGGUAUGUUUGUGGUGCCAGAUCCGCAUGACAUGACAAAGAUUCAUGCACUUAUCACAGGUCCCUUUGAUACACCUUAUGAAGGCGGCUUCUUCUUGUUCUUGUUCCGGUGUCCCCCAGAUUAUCCAAUUCACCCACCUCGAGUUAAAUUGAUGACAACUGGCAACAAUACUGUGAGGUUUAACCCCAAUUUCUAUCGAAACGGCAAAGUCUGUCUGAGUAUUCUUGGUACUUGGACAGGACCUGCAUGGAGUCCAGCUCAGAGCUUGUCUUCGGUGCUCAUCUCUAUCCAGUCCCUGAUGACUGAAAACCCCUAUCACAACGAGCCUGGAUUUGAGCAGGAACGACAUUCGGGAGACAGCAAGAACUACAAUGAGUGCAUUCGUCAUGAGACCAUAAGAGUGGCAGUGUGUGAAAUGCUGGAGGGAAAGUGCCAGUGUCCUGAAGCCUUACGAAGCGUAAUGGAAAAAUCCUUCUUGGAAUACUAUGACUUUUAUGAAGCGGUUUGUAAGGAUAGAUUUCACUUACAAGGACAAAGCAUGCAGGACCCAUUUGGUGAAAAGCGAGGACACUUUGAUUACCAGUCUCUUCUCAGUCGUCUACAGCUUAUCCAUCAGAGAGUGCGGGAAAAACACAGGCGUGAGACUGUGGAUAUAGACUCAGACUCCAGCUCUUCUGAGACAGACAUGGACACACAAGGAAGUUCCAACCCAUAAGGUAUAGGAAUGUAAGACGUAGAGCAUUGAGUGUCGUCACAUCGCACUAGCUGUGAUGCUGGAUAAUAUGACUUUGUUGAGCACAAAGCCACUUAUGCUUUUGGCGGCUGUUUGGAAGCAGAGUCGGUCAAUCUCUCUGCCAGCGCUACGGAAAGAUGACCUGUGGUCGGUUUAUAGAUAACGCAGCACUGGGGCUUGGACUAUUGGAGCUUGGAUCAGACAUGAAGGCAGCACUUUUACUAAUCCUUAUGUUCUUUGUGAAAUGGUCAUUUAUCGGCCCGUACAAGCCAAAGAGUUCAAGUCCAGAGAGCUAAACCUUGCGAAGCCACAGGAGUAACCACAUGACAGACGCCGUGAACCGUUUUUUUAUGUUUUCAUCCCCCUGAGAACCAGCACUCUGUAUUUUACCACUUCGUUGUGUUCUUAUUUCUAUUAUUACCCAUAGGUUUCCGACAGGAAUGGAGCAAAGUUUCUUCUUUUUAUGUUUUUGUAGCGUUUAUUUGUGAUUGCUGUAAAUCCGGGUGAGCAAUGUGAUUCUGUUACUAAACGCAUUCAUUAUGGUCCGUUCACAUCUACAUGUGUUGGGAAUAUCACGCGAUGGAUAAGAAUGUUCAUCUCAACAGAUGAAAAAUCUGUGUGACCAACUGAAAAUAUACCAAUAAUUUGACAAAAAUGGUCAAUGGAAUUUUACAAUGUCAAGAUGUGAAUAGAGCCUACAUACCUAUAAAAGCCUUAGAAAAAGCUGGUGCUGACAUCAUGUCAAUUUUUAACCUUCUGGGUUAUUUUAUCAAUACCUUAUAUGUGUUUUCCAAAUUUCUGUAAUUGCCACAUUUUCAGUGAAAAAAUGAGGUCCUGUUUCUAUGGCGCAUGCUCAGAAAAACUGAAGGUGUCUAGUUCCUGUGUGGUUACUGCAGAUCUUAGACAGGAGGAUUAUUGUAGACGGUAUGCUCACUCUCAUGCUAGAUCGCAUCGAAGUCAAGUGCCUAGUGAGUAUUAUAUACACGGCUAUGUCUGCCUGGGGAGGAUCAUAGUGACUUCUCAGAAUUGAGGAAAGAACUGCAGUCCUCUAUUAAAAUUAUCAAAGUCUAUAUGGCUGGUGUUAUCCUAAUCCUCAAUAUGAAUGUCCACCAUUAAACACAAUUCUGUCUAAAUA